CUAACGCGCGACCGACGUCGGUUUCCCGGGUCGACCAGGAAACUCAUUUCUAUCAAACUGUAUCCAUCAAAAUCAUCCACAUCCCGUUAAAACGCAGCCCAUGCGAUACUGGUUUGGUCACCUUGGUUUAUAGCUGCGAGCCGGGCCCAGCGCUCUCAUAGCCGCCCCACACCAGCAUUGUGUCGACGCCACUGAAGAGGAGCCAUGUUUCUGUACAACCUGACCCUGCAGAGGGCCACCGGCAUCACCCACGCCAUCCAUGGAAACUUCUCAGGAACCAAGAUGCAGGAGAUUGUUGUUUCCAGAGGAAAGAUCUUAGAAUUAUUGCGUCCGGAUGCCAACACAGGAAAAGUGCACACUCUUCUCACAGUGGAAGUGUUUGGCAUUGUGAGAUCCCUGAUGGCUUUCAGACUCACAGGAGGAACCAAAGAUUACAUUGUUGUUGGAAGUGACAGUGGCCGCAUUGUCAUCCUGGAGUAUCAUCCAUCCAAAAACAUGUUUGAGAAGAUCCACCAGGAAACAUUUGGGAAGAGCGGCUGCCGGAGAAUUGUCCCUGGACAAUACCUGGCUGUGGACCCUAAAGGCAGAGCUGUUAUGAUCGGAGCGAUAGAGAAACAGAAACUGGUGUAUAUUCUGAACAGAGACGCCGCUGCACGGCUGACCAUCUCCUCUCCACUGGAAGCUCAUAAAGCAAACACGCUGGUCUAUCACGUCGUCGGAGUGGACGUUGGCUUUGAAAACCCCAUGUUCGCCUGUCUAGAAAUGGACUACGAGGAAGCUGACAACGACCCGACGGGAGAAGCUGCUGCAAACACGCAGCAAACACUCACCUUUUAUGAACUGGAUCUGGGCUUGAAUCACGUGGUACGAAAGUACAGUGAAGCUUUGGAAGAGCAUGGCAAUUUCCUCAUCACUGUUCCUGGUGGUUCCGACGGGCCCAGCGGGGUUCUCAUCUGCUCUGAAAACUACAUCACUUACAAGAACUUUGGAGACCAGCCUGACAUCCGCUGUCCAAUCCCUCGCCGCAGGAAUGACCUGGACGACCCGGAGCGGGGCAUGAUAUUUGUCUGCUCGGCCACCCACAAGACCAAGUCUAUGUUCUUCUUCCUGGCUCAGACAGAGCAGGGCGACAUCUUUAAAGUCACCCUGGAAACGGACGAAGAAAUGGUCACAGAAAUCAGACUGAAGUAUUUUGACACUAUCCCCGUGGCAACAGGCAUGUGUGUUCUCAAAACCGGCUUCCUGUUUGUGGCCUCAGAGUUUGGAAACCAUUAUCUUUAUCAAAUUGCUCACUUGGGUGACGAUGACGAUGAGCCCGAGUUCUCCUCUGCCAUGCCGUUAGAAGAAGGAGACACGUUCUUCUUCCAGCCCCGGCCGCUCAAAAACCUAGUGCUGGUGGACGAACAAGAGAACCUGUCCCCCAUCAUGUCCUGCCAGAUUGCAGAUUUGGCAAACGAAGACACGCCUCAGCUGUACGUUUCCUGCGGACGAGGACCCAGGUCGACUCUGCGAGUUCUCCGACACGGACUGGAGGUUUCGGAGAUGGCCGUGUCUGAGCUGCCUGGUAACCCCAACGCUGUGUGGACGGUCCGCAGACACGUGGAAGAUGAGUUUGACGCGUACAUCAUCGUGUCCUUCGUCAACGCUACGCUGGUUCUGUCCAUCGGGGAGACGGUAGAGGAAGUGACAGAUUCAGGGUUUCUGGGAACGACGCCCACGCUGUCCUGCUCUCUGCUGGGGGAGGACGCCCUCGUCCAGGUGUACCCCGACGGUAUCCGCCACAUCCGAGCAGACAAGCGUGUGAACGAGUGGAAGACUCCGGGUAAAAAAACCAUCGUCCGCUGCGCCGUGAACCAGCGGCAGGUGGUCAUCGCUCUGACCGGAGGGGAGCUGGUCUACUUUGAGAUGGACCCGUCUGGCCAGCUGAACGAGUACACGGAGCGGAAGGAGAUGUCUGCAGACGUGGUGUGCAUGAGCCUGGCAAACGUCCCGCCCGGCGAGCAGCGCUCCCGCUUCCUGGCUGUGGGACUGGUGGACAACACGGUCCGGAUCAUCUCCCUGGACCCCUCGGACUGUCUGCAGCCGUUGAGUAUGCAGGCUCUUCCUGCCCAGCCAGAGAGUCUGUGCAUCGUAGAGAUGGGCGGCAUCGAGAAGCAGGAUGAACUUGGAGACAAAACCACCAUGGGUUUCCUCUACCUGAACAUCGGCCUCCAGAACGGUGUGCUGCUUAGGACGGUUCUGGACCCCGUGACCGGGGACUUGUCAGAUACCAGAACCCGCUACCUGGGCUCCCGACCCGUCAAGCUGUUCAGAGUCCGGAUGCAGGGCCAGGAAGCUGUAUUGGCCAUGUCCAGCCGCUCGUGGCUCAGCUACUCGUACCAGUCCCGGUUCCACCUGACCCCGCUCUCGUACGAGACUCUGGAAUACGCCUCGGGCUUCGCCUCCGAGCAGUGUCCCGAGGGCAUCGUGGCCAUCUCCACCAACACGCUCAGAAUCCUGGCUCUGGAGAAACUAGGAGCGGUUUUCAACCAGGUGGCCUUUCCUCUGCAGUACACGCCCAGGAAGUUUGUAAUCCACCCAGAAACCAACAACCUGGUCCUGAUUGAGACGGACCACAACGCCUACACAGAAGCAACCAAGGCUCAGAGGAAGCAGCAGAUGGCUGAGGAAAUGGUGGAGGCUGCUGGCGAGGACGAGCGAGAGCUGGCUGCUGAAAUGGCUGCUGCGUUCCUCAACGAGAAUCUCCCCGAAGCCAUUUUUGGAGCGCCUAAAGCCGGAGCCGGGCAGUGGGCGUCGCUGGUGCGGCUGGUUAAUCCCAUACAGGGAGCAACGCUAGACCAGGUGCAGCUGGAGCAGAACGAAGCUGCAUUCAGUGUUGCAGUGUGUCGGUUUCCCAACACGGGGGACGAAUGGUACGUCCUGGUGGGCGUAGCCAGAGACAUGAUCCUCAACCCCCGGUCGGUGGGGGGCGGGUUCAUCUACACCUAUCGGCUCACUGCUGGAGGGGAGAAGCUCGAGUUUGUGCAUAAGACUCCAGUAGAGGAUGUACCGUUGGCUAUCGCACCGUUCCAGGGACGAGUCCUGGUCGGAGUUGGGAAACUUCUGAGAAUCUACGACUUGGGCAAGAAGAAGCUGCUUCGCAAGUGUGAGAACAAGCACGUCCCCACCAUUGUGACUGGUAUCCACACCAUUGGCCAGCGGGUAAUUGUGACAGACGUUCAGGAGAGUCUGUUUUGGGUUCGGUAUCGACGCAACGAGAACCAGCUCAUCAUCUUUGCCGAUGACACGUAUCCCCGCUGGGUGACGACGGCCUGCCUGCUGGACUACGACACCAUGGCCUCUGCCGAUAAGUUUGGAAACAUCAGCAUCGUGCGUCUCCCGCCCAACACCAGCGACGACGUGGACGAAGACCCCACGGGGAACAAAGCCUUAUGGGACAGAGGGCUCCUGAACGGAGCAUCACAAAAGGCUGAAGUGAUAGUCAACUACCACGUAGGGGAGACCGUGUUGUCUCUCCAGAAAACCACUCUGAUCCCCGGAGGCUCCGAGUCCCUGGUCUACACCACGCUGUCCGGAGGCAUCGGCAUCCUGGUCCCCUUCACUUCCCAUGAGGAUCAUGACUUCUUCCAGCAUCUAGAGAUGCACAUGCGCUCUGAAUUCCCCCCGCUCUGCGGGAGAGACCACCUGAGCUUCAGGUCCUACUACUUCCCAGUGAAGAAUGUGAUUGAUGGAGAUCUUUGCGAGCAGUUCAACAGCAUGGAUCCCCACAAGCAGAAAAGUGUCUCUGAGGAGCUGGACAGGACGCCCCCAGAGGUGUCCAAGAAGCUGGAGGACAUCCGCACUCGCUACGCCUUCUAAUCCGUCUCCAACACACACAGACCUGCGCAGAGGACCAUCCACCCAAGAUACUCACACAGAAAUAAUUGAUAUGGACAGCACCACACACAUCCUGCUGUGCAACAAUAUGUCCCUUUUUCAAGAAUUCAGUUUGUUUUCUCAUGUAGAAACUUUUCAGGCGCAAUUUAUUACAUAGAAACUUGCAAAAGAAGAAAAAUUUCCCAUACGGAUGUUGCAGCCAUCUCAAGCUGACCAGCUAUGAUGCAGCAGACAGGAAGUUGCUUCACACUGACCCCAGAACACGCACUGACAUGUGUGAGAACGUGUUCACAGCUGCGAGGACAUCGUCGCACAAAGACCUUGCAGUUUAUCAGCGUCUAAUCAACUUCAAAUGAUGUCUCCGUGCAGAUUAUAUCUGACACAUACAGCUCUGAAACCAGCUGUCUGUCACACACACACACACACACACACACACACACACACACACACACACACACACACACACACACACACACACACACAAGCUGUGGAAUGAAUCCUUGUGCGUUUGAUUACAUGAGUAACUUGGAUCGUGUCAUCUGUGCAUGUGAAGUGAAAGCUGAGCCAGAUCCAUCUGUCGUUGUUUCUGAGCGUUUGCAUCUUUAUUUAGAGACCAGGGAGAACAGUCCAGAUUCUCCCUCAUGGACACACUUUGUACAGACGGACUUGGUGUUGCUGGUGCAGAUGAGCAUCAAAGUCUAGAAACUGAAAUGACUAUUUUUUUUUAUUAUUAUUAUUUUAAAGAAGGAAGCGUCUCAUUUGGUCCCCUCACUUUGAUCCCAGUGAAAGAAACAGGCUUUUGUAUCAAUUCUUUUAAUGUAUAACAGUUAGAACAUGGGUCCGUUCCCCCAGCAGCAUCCUCCUCCAGCGUCUGCUGUCGUCUGGUUGGUUCCCCUGCGGCCGGGAGUCAGACGGAGCUAGAGCUCCGACCGAGCCUCAGGUUCAAGGAGGUUUAAUAGACGACGGGUAAACUCAGACUAAAUACGUGGGUGGAAAAACACUCCGGGCUUGCACUUGGUGGUGUUUUUGUCAGCCCAGUGAAUUUCCAACCUCAGACAGACGCAGCAUUCCACACAAAGCACAGGACCUGGGCCUGGGUUUGUGGGACAGUGGCAGUGGUCUGCUUUUUGUAAAUAAAGCUGUUUUGUACUUUAUGAUA